AUGAUCAACCACAACACACAGCUCAAGAAGCUGAAGUUUAUACUGUUCCCUCCGAGCAGAUUUCCCUGUAAUAGCAUAGACAUCCACUCAGAUGUCAAAUGUAGCACAAAAGAGAAUCAUCAUCCAUUGAAUCAUGAAGUUGCGAAUUCCACUUAUCGUUCUCAAACACGCACUGGGGGCACAAGAGUUUACCCAAAAGAGUUGAAGGCGGAAGAAGCACAGCCAAGGCCAUUAUUGUCGUGUUCUGUCGCCACAAAGGUGGAUCAGGAACAAAAGGAAUACAUACAAUCACAAAUCACAACAUGUAGCACUACUCUUGCACAACAAGUGGAUUGUCCAACAUUAAUCCAGUCAUCGAGUUCCUAUGUUAAUGUGAAUGAUGAUGCCAGAGGCAUGACGCCGUUAUCUGUGCAAGAUGUUACCUUUGAUAAAACUGCUUUAUCCCACAAGAUUCAUCAAAAACCAAUUUACGAUCGUCCCAACCAUCACGAUACAAAAGAGAUCGCAUCUUCAAUCAGACGAUGCAUGCUGCCUUUCAAGCCUCAUUACGAGCUGGAAUGGCCUCUGCCUAAUCAUCAUACCAGCAGUGCACUCACAAAAAGGACCUGGCUUCAACUCGACGAUCAAACAUCCAGCGGUAUUGAGAGAGUGCGUAAAUUGGGGUUUGCUGAUCUAGAUGUGCGAUUAGACGAUCAGUUGACUUGCUACAUCAACUCAUUGACUGGCAGCGAGAUUGACAGUGUGGUGAUUCAAGUGCUGUUUGACCAUACUAUUCAUGGUGAUGAUAGUCAAGAUGCUACAUUGAAUGGCAAGCAGGGGCGAUUACUACGGCUAAGACGAAUCUAUUGGUGGUCUGUCAGCUACAACUUGGCACGCACGUGUCUUCCCAUCCCCUAG